UCUACUCUCUCGCCGACGAGUCCAGGACAGUACCACUUCACUUGUCAUGGAUCCAAAUAGUUCAACAAAACUUCUCCUUGACCAACUUCCUAAAGCAACCUUUUUUGAGAACUUUGAUCUCUAUCAAAAGGAUGGCUUCUGGUACAGACCCCGUUACCUUGAAGCUGCAGUCGCCUGCUACUCGCGGUUUGAAGCUCGUGACGACGAUGUCAUCUUGGCGUCUGCCAUGAAAACGGGAAGCACGUGGCUCAAAGCCCUCUGCUUUUGCAUUAUGCAGAGGCAAUGUUGUGAAGGUAAUAAUGGUAAGAAGGUUCCCGAGGACCUUUUGGCCGUACGCCACCCUGCAUUCUAUGUGCAGACCUUAGAAAUCCAGGUUUACACUGCAAACCCACCUCCCGAUCUCUCGGCCGGUAUGGAGUCCACGAGACUCUUUCACACUCAUAUGCCUUAUAGUGCUCUGCCUGAAUCCAUUAAGAAGUCCAAGUGCAAAAUUGUUUACAUCACUCGGAACCCAAAAGACACAUUGGUUUCAAUGUGGCACUUCUUCAACAAGCUUAGGACGCCUGAACAAGGUCCAUAUCCUUUAGAGCACGUGUUCGAGAGCUUCUGCAAUGGUGUUUUCCAUUUUGGGCCACUUUUUGACCAUGUUCUACAGUAUUGGAACGAGAGCUUGAAGUUGCCUCACAAAAUACUUUUUCUGAAGUACGAGGAGCUGCAGAGGAACCCAAAAGAACAAGUGAAAAGGCUUGCUUCGUUUCUGGGAAAGCCAUUUGCCGAGGAGAAAGAGGUUGAAGAGGUGAUACGUGGGUGUAGCUUGGAGAGGCUAAAAGCCUUGGAAGUAAACAAGGAUGAAGUGGAUCCCUGGGUUGGGAUGCCGAACAGUGCAUUUUUCAGGACUGGAGUUGUUGGGGACUGGAAAAACAUCUUGACAAAGGAAAUGAGCGAGCGCCUUGACCAAAUUACCAGCAUGAAACUGAAGGGGUCUGGCUUAGAUCUUGAUGAUGCUCUAGAGCCUUCAUGUGUAGCUGUAACACAGUAAACUUCAGUCCCGUCAUCCAAUAGAAUAUAUCAGUAGGCUUGAUUCCUUGAAUAAGAGAUGCUGCUGCUUUCGUUAUUCCAGCGUGAUCACCUCGUUAUGUUUGUGUUUUGCAGCAUGCAUACGCUGCUUGUCAUCAAUGUGGUACUAGGUUUCACAGUUCAUGAGAUGCAUGGGCUUAUAAAUCAAUUACUUGAUCGAGCAAUUAGUACUGUUUCCACAUUUCUGGAUCAGU